AAAUAUUGUCACGUAAUUUUGCUUGCAAUUGCAAUCACUCACAAAACAAAAAAAUUUCUCUAACCUCCUCUUUUCUUCUCAAAAACUUGUGCUAACACAAACUGUUGUUCCUCAUAAAAACCUCGAUCUGUAGGUCAAUUAAGUUCUUCGAUUCUGUUCAGCGGUUAGAUCUCCCCUAAUUUGCUUUCCGUGAGGGCAACUUCACCGGUAAUCCUUAUAAUAAUCUUCUUUGUUGUUAUCGGGAUGAAACGUGUGCGGGAUGAUGUGUAUAGCAGUUCUCAAUUCAAGCGGCCAUUUGUUCCUCCUAGAGGAGAUAUAUACGGUCAAGCUCCUGCUCCUGCUCCUGCUCCGGGAGAUGAAGGAGUAGGUGAGGCGGCAGGAGGGUCCGCUGCAGGAAGCGGUGGAAGCGGUAGCAGCGCACAAAAGCUCACAACGAACGAUGCAUUAACCUAUUUAAAACAAGUUAAGGACAUGUUCCAUGGACAAAGAGAAAAGUACGACAUGUUUCUCGACGUAAUGAAAGAUUUCAAAGCUCAAAGAAUUGAUACUGCUGGCGUCAUAGCUAGGGUCAAAGACUUGUUUAAAGGUCAUAAUAAUCUAAUUUUCGGGUUCAACACUUUCUUGCCCAAAGGGUAUGAAAUUACCGUAAUUGAAGAGGACGAGCCUCCACCAAAGAAAACAGUGGAGUUUGAAGAGGCUAUAAGUUUUGUAAACAAAAUAAAGAAACGUUUCCAAAACGAUGACCAUGUAUACAAGUCGUUUUUGGACAUCUUGAACAUGUAUCGGAAAGAACAAAAGGGCAUCAAUGAAGUUUACCAUGAAGUUGCUGCACUUUUUGACGAUCAACCCGAUCUUCUCGACGAAUUCACAAAGUUUAUGCCAGAUGCAUCUGCCGCCGCAUCUGCGCAUCAUGCUUCGUUGGGACGACACCGUUACGAUGAACAACGGAGCUCUGCAAUGGGUCCACAUAAACAGGCGCAAACGGAUAUCAAGCCACGAGGGGGCAGCCGACAAGAUCGGAUCAACGGUUCGCAUCCCGAGCUGGAUCUAAACGCUGACGAGGAUGACAAAACAUCGAUGAAGUUUCACAAGGACCAGAGAAAGCGGUCUGAAAAGGAAAGCAGGGAUCGAAGAACCUCUGAUCAGGAUUACAAAGAGCCCGAUCAUGAUGCUAAUAAAGACACGCGUCAUAUAGAAAAACGAAAAUCUUCAAGCAAGAUUGAAGAUUUUGGAGUUCAUUCAGGUGUGGCCUCGCAUAGUGAUAAAGAUUCCUUAAAAAAUAUGUACAUUCAAGAAUUUACUUUCUGUGAGAAAGUGAAGGAUAGAUUGCACAAUCAAGAUGAUUAUCAAGCAUUUUUGAAAUGUUUGCACAUCUAUAGCACGGAAAUAAUUACAAGGAAGGAACUACAAAGCUUGGUUGCGGAUUUACUUGGAAAGCACCCAGAUCUUAUGGAAGGAUUUAGCACGUUUCUGGAACGAUGUGAAAAUAUAGAUGGAUUCCUUGCUGGUGUCAUGGACAAAAAAUCUUUAUGGAACGAAGGGCAUGUAUCCAAAUCAACCAGAACCGAGGAGAAAGAGAGGGAACAUAGCAGGCGUGAAACCGAUGCUUCAAAAGAACGAGACAAAUACAAAGAGAAAUAUUGGGCCAAAUCUAUCCAAGAACUCGACCUCUCUGAUUGUCAACGUUGUACUCCAAGUUACCGGCUUCUUCCUGAUGACUAUCCGAUACCGUCGGUUAGCCAGAGGUCAGAGCUUGGUACUCAAGUACUGAAUGAGCUUUGGGUGUCUGUGACUUCUGGUAGUGAAGAUUAUUCUUUCAAGCACAUGCGUAGAAACCAGUAUGAAGAAAGCUUAUUCAGAUGUGAGGAUGACAGGUUUGAACUUGAUAUGUUGUUGGAGUCUGUGAAAUCGACUGCUAAACGUGCCGAGGAGUUAUUGAACAAUAUUAACAACAAGAUAAUCAGUCCUGAUACCCCCAUCCGUAUAGAAGACCACUUCCCGGCUCUGAAUUUACGGUGCAUGGAGCGGUUAUAUGGUGAUCAUGGUCUUGAUGCUAUGGAAACGCUUCGUAGAAACCCAUCAGCCGCAUUGCCUGUCGUCUUGACUCGUCUUAAACAGAAACAAGAGGAGUGGACAAAGUGUAAAUCCGACUUUAAUAAAGUUUGGGCCGACAUAUAUGCAAAAAAUCAUUACAAGUCACUUGAUCAUCGAAGCUUCUAUUUCAAGCAACAAGAUUCAAAGAAUUUGAGCACAAAAUCGUUGGUGGCCGAGAUAAAAGAAAUAAAGGGAAAAAGUCAAAACGAUGAAGACUUGCUCCAUAGUAUCUCUGCUGGAAGCCGACACUUUAUUUCACCGAAUCUUGAAUUUGAAUAUACUGAUAGUGACAUUCAUGAAGAUGCGUUUAAACUUAUAAAGUAUUCAUGUGAAGAGAUUUGCACAAGCAAGGAACAACUGAACAAAGUUUUGAAUCUUUGGUCGACUUUCCUGGAACCUGUGCUCGGUGUUCCUUCUCAGCCUUCCAACUCUCACGGCUCUACGAAGAACACAGGUACGUGCGUAGUGCAAGAGACCGAUAACGGAUCCGUGAACCCUAAUCAGCCAAAGCCAGUUUGCAAUGGAGAUCAAAGCAGUUCACCAGAUAAAGCGCAUUCUCAAAAGAACGCUCUCGAAAACGGAGAUACAUCGGUUAAGGAAAAAGACGGAUUUCAACCCAAUAAAGAGAGUAAUUUUACUGACAACGGCCAUGAAGCCAAAUCAAAUAUUGGUGCUCUUGUAACGGUGGCUAACGGAAGGAAUGUUGAGCCCGUUAAAGCUGAGAAAGAAGAGGGUGAGUUGUCACCUAAUCGUGAUUUUGACGAGUCGAAUAUCGGUGAUGAUGAAGACAGUGAAAAUAGAGACCAUGAUGAUGUCAGCGGCAGUGAAUCUGCUGGGGAUGAUGACGUGUCUAAAGAAGAACAUGAAGAGGAAGACGGAGAGCAUGACGAUGACGAUGAUGUGGACGGUAAAGCCGAAAGUGAAGGAGAUGCAGAGGAUACAAACUUUGUUUCCGGAGAUGGCUUAUAUUAUUUGCGGACCUCAAAACCAUUGGCUAAAUGUGUAGCCUCAUCAUCAUGUGGUGCUGAAAAGGAUUGUCGUGUGUUCUAUGGGAAUGAUGGGUUUUAUACACUUUUUAGGCUUCAUCAAGUAUUAUACGAGAGACUAUCAUCUGCUAAACUUUUUUGUGCAUCUGCUGAAGCAAGGCAGAGAGCUGCUAAAGAUUCUUCCCCUGACGAUGUGUACUCUAUAUUUAUGAGUUCUUUAUACAAUUUACUUGAUGGUGUUUCUGAUAACGCAAAAUUCGAAGAUGAUUGCCGGGCCAUUAUUGGAAACCAGUCGUAUGUUUUAUUUACAUUGGACAAGCUGAUUUACAAGCUCGUUAAACAGCUUCAAAGCAUUGCUGGUGAUGAAAUGGAUAACAAACUCUUGCAGCUAUAUGAGUAUGAAAGAUCCCGUAAACCAGAGAAGUUUAUUGAUUCUGUAUACUAUGAAAAUGCACAUGUCCUUCUUCAUGAUGAGAACAUAUACAGAUUUCAAUGUUCAUCUGGUCCUUCUCGGUUAACCAUCCAGCUUAUGGAUGACGGGAUUGAAAAGCCUGAAGUUGUUGCAGUUUGUGUAGAUCCUCAUUUCUCUACUUAUCUUCACAAAGAUUUUCUUUCGGUUGCAACUGCAAAAAAGCAAUCUAGCAUCAUGAUGCAGAGAAAUAAGCGGCGGGUGGAUGAAUCACUUGCCAUGGAAGGUGCUCGUGUGGUCAACGGUUUGGAGUACAAGAUGUCUUGCAGCUCCUCAAAGAUCUCGUAUGUUCUCGAUACAGAAGACUUGUUUUUCCGUGAGAGAAGAAAAAGACGAAAGACAUCAUCUCGACAUAGGCAGACAAACGUAGAACGGUUUCACAAAAUCUUAGCAGCCUCAUUAUCACAACAGUAGUCAAGAUCUUUAGUUACCCGCGAAGCAUGCGGAUCUGUUAAUGUAACAUGUGUUAUCUGAAGCUUUAUAUAAUCAAAUGUCGAUAAUAGAGGUUUAAUCUUAUGAACAACUUUUUUUUUUUCGUUUUGAUUUUCCGUUCGUCUCCAUUUUCCGUAGUUUUUGAGCGUAGAGAAACCGUUGUUGCUCUUAGGUUUGUUGUGUAUAGAGCUUGGUAUUGUUUAAUGAUGGUUAAUACAGUUACAUUAUUUUUUUUUUUUUCAUUUUUUUCUUCUUUGUUGUUGAAAGAAGAUAAUUUUAUUACUUAUAGAUGCAACAGAUUGGUAGGUA